AUGGCCCCCGCUACGGCCAACAUCCCCGUCAUCGACCUCGCCGGCGACGAGCAAGCCGACGCGGUGGCCCGGCAGCUCGUCGCCGCCGCCGAGGAGCACGGCUUCAUCUACAUCAAGAACCGCGGCCACGACAUUCCCGCCGCGGCCGUCGACGAAGCCUUUUCCCUGUCGAGGAAAAUCUUCGACACGCCGCUCGAGGAGAAGCAGCGGUGCGCCAUCCAGACCAACAACCGCGGCUGGACGGGCAUGCACGCCGAGACGCUGGACCCCAAGAACCAAAAGGUUGGAGACUUGAAAGAAGCCUUCAACUUUGGCGAGUUCGUCGACGGCAAGGCCCAGCAGCCCAUUCCCUCGACCGUCGCCGCCGACGAGGCCCGCUUCGCCGCCUUUGCGGAUUUGUGUCGCGCCUUGUGCCUCAAGAUCCUCCGCCUUCUCGGCCUCGGCCUCGGCGUCGGUGACUUCUUCUCCUCGGCGCACUUCACCACGCAGGCCGGCUCCGGCACCGUCCUCCGCUUCCUGCGCUACCCGCCCGCCGACUCAUCCUCGUUGAUGUCGUCGAGCCACGUCCGCGCGGGCGCCCACUCCGACUACGGCUCCAUCACGCUGCUUUUCCGCCUCCCCGGCCAGGCCGGCCUCGAGAUCCUCCGCCGCGACGGCGUCUGGGCCCCCGUCCCCGUCUCCCCGCCCGGCACCGCCGAGGACCCCGCGCCGCCCAUCCUCGUCAACAUCGGCGACCUGCUGUCGUACUGGACCAACCGCCUGUUCCGCAGCACCGUCCACCGCGUCGUCUUCCCCGCCACCGCCACCACCGCCGCCGCCACUACCACCUACGCGCUCGAGGGCGAGUCGAGCGCCGCGCCGAGGUACUCCAUUGCCUUCUUCUGCCAUCCCGUCGGCUCCAUGCGCCUGGAGCCCGUCCCCAGCCAGAGGGUCAAGGACUACGUUCCUACCGGGGACGCCACGAGCGCCAACCCGUACGCGGAGAGAAAGGUCAUGACUGCUGAUGAGCACCUUUUCAUGAGACUCAAGGAGACGUAUGGGACUCUGUACGACGAGAAGAAGGAGGAUGCCCCAUAA